AUGAUAAGUCAAGCGUGUCAGCUGCAGGUGAACAAUUCAUGCCAGACUACUGAGUGUGCAUGGUCCAUUUGCGUGGGCUUACCUGGCAUUAUUGCGCACUUCAGUUGGUACUACGCUGUGUUUGGUAUGGAAUUAGUAGGCGAGUUUUCCUGCUUGCUGUGUGUCUUUGCGGUUCUAAUAGUUCGGGGACAGGAACAAGCUAUGUUGGAAUUAUUCGUGUCCCGUUUUGGGCUUAGAGCAGCAAGGAAUAUGCUGGAUACUGUGGAUAGCGGCAUAGUUUGAUAGUCACUGGGUCCAAACUCGUCACCAGAAGGGAAUCGAAUUUAACAUCUGUUAGGAGUCGAUUAGUAGAUUCGCUAUCUUACCCGGCCAUCGGUGACGUCAGCACAGUGGCAGAGUCGAUAGUGCAAUUGCUAUAUUUCAUGUGUAAAGCAUACGACGUGUACUCAAACUCGGUGAUACACUGUGAAACAACGUUGUGUGCAGAAAUCGUUGAUGCGUUAGCUGAUCAUAAACGUCAUGUCAGUGAAGCGGUACCAUUAUUCAGUACGGGAGGUCGGUCCAAAGAAUGCAACUGUGUGUUCAGUAGCUGUUUGGUGUACAGUGUAAUAAUACAGUGUGAUGUGUGAUAAUUAUACUAUGUAGGAAGCUUGCUUUGAUGACAUGAUCCGCCAUGGUGCAAUACGACAACUGACAACUUGCUGAAGUAUCCCAACCGUAUGGAAUGACGGCAACCGUUGGGUUCCCUGAGUGACGGGAUGUAUUCCCCUAGGACUGGGGUCACCGAGGAUCCCGUGCAGUUAGACAGACAUCCGAUGAACCGAGACAUCCCAGCAAGCCCUGUAGGCGUGCGUGAGGGAUGGGACGAGGUUCGGAAUGAUGUAUACAUCGUGGAGGCACUUAAAGGAAAGAGAAAAAGGAAGGGAAAAGCGGAAUAUCUUGUAAAAUGGAAAGGAUGGUCGAACAAACACAACACAUGGGAACCGGAGGAUAACAUCUUGGACAAGAGGUUACUUGAAAUAUAUUCUACAAGGCGCCCCAGUGUGACAUCACGGCGCGGCAGACGGCCCAGAAGACAAAUAUCGCAGCCUUCUUCUAUGUUUCUGUCGGAUCUACCUUAUGACUGGCCAAAUUCAGAAUUCCCGAGCCGAUUCCGAUUAGUGAAAGAUCCAAACAACGGGACAUGGUGCACGAGACACUUGGCAGCGACCGCCGAUACUUCACCCACUGGAGAAUCGUCACAAUUUUUGGUAGGACGUCAACGUAACGAAACAUCAGGGACCGCUGGGUUUGCGUCCCGUACAUCGUACUCAAGAUCAGCCUCGGCCCCAAGUACCUCGUGUAGUGGGCUGGAUACCGGAACCAUUAACCCAAGGGACGAUCGGUCAGAUUGGACCUGGAGUCCGAAUUCAGACCGCAGCCAAGCUUCACUCAACGCGUCCGAAUCUGGGGAUAAGGACGGCUGCACUGUAACCGAAAGAGAUCUCACGAGUUUCCAUGUGGACGAGGUGCCUGAGUUCCGGCUCAAUGGUAGCUCAAGUCAGCAGGGUUUAGGCCUCAAGCUCUCGCCAAAACUCGUGCUGAGGAGGAUCACCCCUCCACAGACGUUAAGACGGCAUAUGACACAAGAAAAAGACGAUUCGGACACGGACGAGGCGCAUUUUUCCGACCCAGACGAGAUCAAAUAUUACCCGAAAAAUUCCAAAGGUUUAGCGAUCUCGCUACCGCCUGAUGCACAGGGGCAGUCAUCACGAGAACAUUGCCAUGACGACAAAAACGAUCCGGAAACGAAAACGAGGCCAAGAUUUCCGCCAGUAAACAAAGAAGCUAUCAGCUUGCCUGCCAGCCCUACAGCCUUUGAUGCGUCCAUGCCCCAACGCGUCAAGAGAUCAGAGGGUGUAGUAGUGACUGAUGUAACAGCAGGUGGGAUCACUAUUACCAUUAGGGAGAGCGGUAAUGCAGACGGUUUCUUCGGAAAUAAAAUUAUCACGUGAUCUGUACCAUGUGGUCAGUGCCACUUACACAAUGUAAGCAAGAGUUUCCCCUCUACACAUUUAACAUACACCAACACUGACUAAUCAGUACUUGACAAGCACACAUAAAAACUCCACCGACUUGCAUCAACGGGAAGUGAACCCAUGACCUUUCAUUUAGUUUUGCAUGCAGUGCUGAUUUCAUAGUAUUAUGGAAACAUUCUGGAAUGUUUUUUUAAACUUGAAAAUAGAUUCACGGGGUAAGUGGAUGUUCGUUUCCUGCCUAUAAAACGUGGGAUUGCAAGUAACACGAUGUUGUGUUUUGUCUACUUCUGUACUAUGAACUAGUUACGCUGAAGCGGAUUAUUUGUUUAGAUGAGAGGUGAAACAAGCUCAUUCUCUGUGGCCUCAAGUUCUACUCAGCUCAUUAAACAGCUAAUCGUCAGCCACAAAAUCUUGCGGGGAAAUGCCGUGCUUUGUGAUUAACUUUUAACUGAGCUGAGGAAACUGUGCAACUGUGUUUAUUUUUGACAUCUCCAUUGACGUCAUCAUUUAGACAGCCAAACAUGGCUUGCUAUUCUGACCAUGCUUGGAAGUCUCUGGUUUGUAUAUUUUUUUUGUUUACGUUCGAAGUUGAGUGGAAGCAACGAGGAUAGGUUUGAUAUCAACUAACUUGCUUUUACCACUGAAGGAGGAAUGUAAGUAUUUUAAUGUUAACUAUCGAGACCACAACAUUCGAAGUCCAUGAAGCCAAAUGAAAGAAAUCUCCGAAUAUGAGAGAGGUUUUGCAUGGAGUGAGUAUUUGCAAUACAACAAAGGGCCUAUCGUAUUGUAAAUAAAAAGUUCAAAGUAGUGACUGUAACAAUCUAGGCCUAUGAAGAUGUUUACAAAUUAUGUGUUAGGUAUAUUUCCACUAAUUUAGACCUAUUUUUAUACAGCUCUUUUCAUCCAAUUUCGACAGCUGGACGUUUAAUCAAACCAAGUGGUCUGACAUUCGAUCAGACUGAGGUGAAAAUCAAUCGAACUUUCUUAACAGUAGUUUCUUAACAGCAUGCAUGGGGUGACGCCAUUGAUUCUCUCUCUAAGGUCGAAGACAUGCAAUACGUUUCAUUCACGGUGUGUCAUGUUAAUCACUUUAUACGCAUAAUACAAGACCAGUGUCCAAGUGUAAUGGGGAACAUAUUUUCGUAUUGUUCUAGGCCGACUGCACGCGUACUAGUUUUAUUUUGUAUUAUUUUCUAAAUUGCAACUACAAUUUUUCUAUAUUUCUGAAGGGAAAAAUGACGGUGUGGAAUAUCAUUACCAGAUGAAACUCAAUAUGGGAGGCACACAUUACCAGUUAAACUUGAGGUUGUUGCAAAUAUUGAUUGUAGUUUGAGAAAAAAUUGCAUUUCAACCUACACUGACGAAUUAGGAGAUGAGGUGCCUUGAAUGAUCCAUUAAGCGCGUGACGUCGGUUGGAAUGUAUGGAAAGGGAAUGGAUUCUUACCUGGUUUAAAUCUGAAAACCGAUUCCUUUAACCUGGAAUCGAAAUUCUACUUAUCUUAAGAUUGUAUGAGCAAGCGAGAGCAUUGAUAAGGGCUGAAGCUAUAAUCAUGACUGUAUGCGUCGAUCUCCCAAGCAGCCAUAUUGAUGAAUAUUGUAAGCGAAAUUGUUACGAAGAACGACCUUGUAAGUAUUCGUCCUUGUAAGUAUUACAUCCAAAUAAAGAUAAUGCAUGGAUAGGCAAUCGGCUGAGAAUGUGUAUUCCUGCGGAAAAUAUUACGAAUUGAAAAGAUGGAGGACAGGAGAAGACUAAAAAGAGUUUUGUCCGGGGACGAUCUAGUCCUACACAGUAAAAGAUAAGCCACUUUUUUUGUUCACGUUUCACAGUUUCGUAUACUUGCCAACACUACCGAUUUAGGCGCCGGGUGUCGAUUUCUAGAGUACAUUUUUCACACGCUGAUUUGAAAUGGAAGCCUGCAACCUCUCAGUAAAAUACUAAAAAGAAUGAAACGUGUCAUAUAGCUUUGAUCCAAAAAUGUGUAAAGAGUUGAACACUUUUUGUGUCACAAGGGAGGAUACCUCCGAGUCCGCUAGUGAAUGCGAUACUUCCGCUCCUUGGACGACCGGUGUAAAAGGUAAAACUGUCCCCCGGACACUUUUACCGGAUUGCACCCGGUAGAGGUGUCCAGGGGACACAUUUACCUAGGUAAAUCUAUCCCCCUCCAGGUAAAUUUGUCCCCUAUGAGAAAUGUGCCUCCUCAGACUGUGUAUCACUUUCUUUCAAUUGUUUUCGCGCAGCGUUUUGACAGACACCAGUGCUGUUUCUGGGAUGCUUGUUACGUCAAAACAUGGCGAUUGAAUAAGGAGGGCUAUUCUGGAUGUACUGGUAUCCAUUGCGCGUAUUGUCUGAAUUUACUGUCCUUGAAGCGUUUGGACGCUAUAUCCGGAACUUCGCCAUGGUUCUCGCGCAACGUGCGGUGCAGUGAACUGACAUGAUGCAUGAGUUUACCUUCCUUUACAAGUCAGUCAUAAUAAUCACCCCGCGGUGUGCCUACAGACUGAGAAUAUUUACUACGCAUGCAAGGAGUCUGCAGAAUAUGGAUUGCUGCCUUUUCCUAUUUCUUGCUGAAAACAUAUCUCGAUUGAUUUCACAUAUCAUCCCCCCCUUUUGACAACCUUGUGAAGGUCUUAAAAAUGUACGUGUAUUUGAUGUGGAUUGAAUUCAUCAAACUGAUAUGAAAAUAAUAACUUCUACGUGGCACAACGAGGGGGAAAUUACCAGGAGGGGACAGAAUAACCUGGAGGGGGAAUGGUUUACUGGGCUGGGGGGCACUUUUACCUGGGUAAUUCUGUCCCCAGGGACAGUUUUACUGGGGGAUAGAUUUACUGUGUUCACCGGCCCUCUCCGGUACAUUCGAUAUCAUUCGGCUGAAUGACCACGAUAUAUGCAGGCAGGUUAACGCAUUAUCACACGCUGGUGUGUCUAAUGUACAUGUACAUAGGUCCUGUGCAACUGUCUUGUGUAUACACAAUAUAAUACGGUACCGGUAUGGGUGUUAUUACGAAAUCAUACGGUGUUGAUGGUAUACGCGUGAAUAUGUGUUAUGUAGAAUCCUGUCAAUAGAGGUGCAACAUGCCAAAAAGUAAAGUUUCUGGAUGAUAUGUUGUAUUGUGCCUUAACACUGCAGUUCUGAGAAGUUUGUACAUGUGCAUCUGUGCAUUGAAUUAGGUCAGGUUUAUUACGGCAGUGUGAAGUUACCUUGUGCUCGAGUCAUUGGUUAUCUGGCGGUUGUUAGGGUGAUUGCUUCUGUUGAAAGCUGCCCCUUUAUAUGAUGCAAGUACACGACAUGAAUUGGAUUUCAUAAUAAAGUGUUUUUAAGCAUUUUAUAAGCAACUCUUUCGGUAGGACUAUUUGAGUCACAUGACGGGAAACGUAAUGUCAUGCAACGCAGAAGUAAGCGAAGCAACGUGUAUUACCGACAUUAUAUAUUCUUGUUGAAGUCGGUUGUACAUCCUUGAUGUAGGCCUAACAAUUGGUAUCCAUAGAAAGUGUCAGAGCCCAUGAGGAUCAUAAAGUGAUAAAAAUCUUAUUUUCAAUAUGGAGAGUUUCUAAUUUUGUUAAAAACCAUGUUUAUGUGAAUUGACCUAAAGUUUUCUGUCUUUUAAACUAUAACGGAUCUAAACUGCAGUUUAAAAUCUUGUAAAGCUACGAGAAUCUGCGAGAAUCAGGCAGACCUUUUCUUUUGCUCCCCUUUGAACCCACACGAUCCACUUAAAUUGAGUCAUAAUUGUCAAAACCAUGGACACUGCACUUUCGCGUGGUGAUAUCCCACGCCACUGAUCGGUAAUGCAAAAUACAUGUUGCCCCUUAUAUAGUCUAUUGUUAAGACUUUUCUUUUUCAAAUAUUAUUGGGGCAUACACGUGGUUGGAUUGACAGCUUGUGUCUGAAAUACAUGCACCGUGAACAUGUAACACGUAUAGGGCAAUAUUCACAGUAGUGUUUUAGUUGAGUGAUAUAUAUAUUCAAUGGUAUUUUCAAACACUAUACAGUUUCAACCAUCUUAUCCCGCUAUUUUAAAACGAGGAUUGCGAUAAAGGCUGUUGGUGUAUGGUUACCGAACUCUGUAACGUGGUCAAAGCAAAUGUACAGCGUUGUCUAGGCUUCGAGGGUACUUUGACCAGGUUGUCUGUUUAUUUUGCCGUUUAUCUUCCCCCACAAAAGCCACAAAUCUCACCAUUUUGAGAAUUACGGGAAACGUAACAAUAGCAAAAGUGAAAGCAGCAGUAACCACAACAAAACAAUGACGUAUUUGAAUCGAUGCAUGUUACUUCUUCACACCAACAUGCAAAAGCCUUGCCAGUUCCAACUGAGGACAGACUCAUUAAAUGACCUCAAAGGGGGAAUUGAUUAACCUUGGUGACGUCACACUCGUACAUACAUUAUCGAUUGAAAUUGCUUCACCAAACUUCUCGUUGCUUUAUUUGAGAUUGUUACAGGGUUGUCGGUUGUAAGCAUAAUCUUGCAAGACUAACUUUACAGCUGAAGCAAAUAAGCUCAAUCAAAUUAUAACUGUUUUUUAAAAAUUAAAAGAUCGUAUCGUGCGACAGAUCCUUCAAACAAUGCUGUAUCACCUAUAUUAGGACUUAGAGUAAUUGGAUAGUAAUAGUUUAAAGCCGAAAAAGAUUCAACGAAUAUGCGAGGUAUUUUUCAUGAUUGAAGAAUUUCAAAUUGGUAAGGCGAUUUCAGCUACAAUCUUGUUUGUAGAUGUCCUUGGCCAAAAUAUUAAUUCAGUUCUCUCGAAUACGCGUAUAUCAGUGGGACUUUAAAAACCGCAUCUUUGUAAAAACGUGUAUGUAUUUCCCUACAUAAAUCGGACAACUCUGAUCUUUAUUUUUGUACUAAACAGAUCUGUAAUGUGAUUUUCACCAAGAUACGACUCUUUGAAAUUGUCACCUUUCUGUUAUAUUAAAGUAUCGUCAUUGUUGUAUUAUAUUAUUCGUGAAACUGAUUUGGAUAUCUAAUGUACACAUUGUGAAUAUUUAUUUUGAUGAAAUAAUAACAGUGAUCAGGAUGACACACAGCAUCCCUGUUUU